AUGGGACUUGAUCUGGUCAGAACAAUAAAUCUAAAUAGUAGUUUACUGCAACAAGUAACAGAAAGAAAACGUGAAGUGCUGUGCAUCUUGAGAGAAAAAAUAGUAACAACUCAGAAGUGUACAAUAUCUGAACAUAUCCAGACAGAAGAAAAAAUAGGCGGUGUGAUGGGAUGCAGUACAAAAAUAGUAAAGGUUUCAGUGAGUGAAAAAGGAAGUAUGAUGAAGGACUCUAGUGUGAUCCUUGAAAUUCCUCCUGCGACUACUAUUGCCUAUGGUGUAAUUGAACUGUUUAUAAAGCAAAGUGGCCAGUUCGAAUUCUGUCUGCUAGAUGAACAGCAAGGAGGUUUUGAAAAAGAAAGCACAGAAGGCUCAACUUAUCCCCAUUCAGCGCUAUUCAGAGAUGCUUCAUUUCUCUAUCAGCCAGAUGCUGUUGAUAAUGAGAUGUACUCUGGGGCUAAAAACCUCAUUCCCAGUGAUGCUUCUUUAAGUGUAUUGAAACAAGAUGUGUCACGGUUGAAGACUCAGUUCCAGCCCUUUGUGAAGCUGCCGGAAGACAAGCAGAGAGCUUUAUAUAAAGCCCUUUGUGAACUCUUGCUCCAUGAAGAAAUGGUAACUGCCCUGGAGGACGUGUUAGAUGAUAUCUGUACCGGAAACAAGCCAAAUCUGAAGGAGUUAAAACCUGCACAACAACAAGACCUCCAUGACUUCUUGCAGCUCUUAGGGUGCAGUUUACAGAGUGAGCUGCUGUUGCAGAAGUAUCAGCCUCAGGAUAAAGAACUCUUCUCAGCUGCUCACCUCCUCAUCAGUGCUGUCUCUGAACUGUCUGAUUACACUCUUCUCCUGCUGCGUGCCUGCUGUGAUCUUCAGGUUGUUCCAGCAUUGUGUUGUUUGCCCAAUAUCACUUCAGCCGAUGGCACCGUGGCGCUGAGCAGUCCUUUGGUGGCGUCCCUCACUGACAGAGGAAGAUUUGAUGUUGUGCAAAGGCUGUUUGCUUCAUCAAACAUUAAUUUGGAAAUGACAGAGUCUUCUGUAAAAGUUGUAACUAUGAAAGAACCUAGAUUCUUCCCACUUGUUCUUUAUGUUGCCUUGUACGGUUUUUAUGCUUUAGGUGGGAAUGUGUAG